AUGGACAGGUCGGAUGAGUAUAAUUUACGCAUGUCCCGAAGAUCACGUGGUCGACGACGGAACUACGAGCCUAACAUGUCGGUCAAGUCCGGAACAUACCAAAUUCACCUGUCGAUUCCAAGGUCGAUGCUUCCCGGAAACAUUUCCAUCAAGGCAGCGAACAGCCGAGCACGACCAAUGUCUCCGUUUGAAAGACGACCUUUGUCGCCGCGCGUGCAGCAACAGAUGUCACCCGUAGAGCAUGCGUCGACAUCACAAUUUCAGAACCACUCAGCACCAAUGUCACCUUCACGAUCUUCCAUGUUCACCAUGUCUCUUCCAAUGGAAAAUAUUACUCCUCGGUCUGGUCAAAAUGAACAGGCAUUGACUGUAAUACCGGAUCCGAAUGAGCAACCCACAAGUCCAAGGCAGAUUCCGAACGGACAUGUAUUAACUCCAAGGUCAAACGUUAAUGGUUUUACCUCAUCAUCAUCAUCCAAAGUGUCACCUCCGCCUUUGGAUUUAUCAGCUAUCACCGGCCAAAAGUCACCGAACGGGGUUGUUAAAAUGCAAUAUGAGCCAAGGUCACCGACUAUUUCUCAAAACUUCCACCGAGUGGGUUCAAGAACAGCCAAGGACAAAGUCAAUAGGAGUAAAUCGUUCACCGCGAGGCAUUUUAUAGGAAAAUCGGAGAGAAAGUCUAGCAAUACUCUUCCAAGGUCAACACCCCCGUUCAACUUCACGUCCGAUGGAACCUUGCCAAGGUCAUUAUCCCCACCCGCGUCCUCACCAAGACCACCUGUUGUCAACGAAAUACCGAGGCCUAAAUCCCACAUUGCCACGGUAACACAUAGCGUGUUGGACGACUCGUUGACACCGAGGUCAGUCCUGGAUACUUCUACUGCCAGCCAAAGCAGUUUUAGGGGCAACAUGUAUGAGACAUACAGAGACCUCUGCCUGCAGAAUGAAAUGUUAUUCAAAGACCCGGAUUUCCCAGCCAUGGACGAGUCUCUUUUCCGACAGGGAAAGUCUCCGGUUGGUCAAAUACAAUGGAAACGUCCCGGGAAUCUGUGCAAGAAACCAAAAUUCAUUUCAAAUGACGUCAUGGACUGUAAAAUUCUGUCGGGACAGUUAGGGUCUAAUUGGCUAAUUGGAUGUUUCACUUGUCUGACGGGCGCACCCUCCCUAAUGAAAAAUUGUAUACCGGAAGGACAAGAGUUCGACAACAAAUAUGCUGGUAUCUUCCGCUUCCGGUUUUGGAGAUUUGGUCAAUGGACAGAGAUUGUGAUUGACGAUCGGUUGCCAACAUUGAAUGGUAAAUUGUUGUAUUCCCGGAGUAAUGAUCCUACGGAGUUUUGGCCUGCUCUAUUCGAGAAAGCGUACGCUAAGAUGCAAGGAUGUUACGAGGUUUUCUUGGGUGGAAUGUUAGGCUGGUCACUACAGGAUAUUACUGGAGGAGUUACUAUGACUUCAAAUAUGAAAGAUGAUCCUAAAUUCAUCCAGAAAGUCGUGGACAUCGGAUUAUCAAGGGCGUCGCUGAUUGGAGCAUCAAUACAGAGUUCAACCAACGGCAAGGCCAAUGUUAGCCCGCCUGGGCUAGUCACAGGACACGUGUACAACGUCACGGGAUACGCCGAACUGCCUGGGAGACUGGAAACAAAGGUCCUUGUACGUCUGAGGGACUGUUCAGGGAAGUCCCAAUGGCAGGGAGCAUGGAGCGAGGGUUCGAAACAAUGGGGCGAGCUCACAGAUGACGUCAGGGCGCAGGUCCGAAAGAGGAAGAUGGAAUACGGAGAAUUCUGGAUGUCAUUAGAAGAUUUUGUUCGGAUUUUCACCUUGAUGGAAUCAUGUUUUCUGACGCCGGAAUCUUGGAAACUGGAGCCCAAAAUACAGUAUCGAAAUUCAUGGCGGUCCACUCAGGCACUGCGUCAGUGGCGUGUCGGCUUCAACGCGGGGGGUCCUCAUACUUCUCCGUUGGUGUUCAGUAAUUGUCAAUUCUUAAUGGAUCUGACGAAACCCUCGUGUAUUAUCUUGUCCUUACUGCAAAAAUACAGGAGUAGCGUCAACCGAGUACUGCUCCCCAUUGGCUGUCUCGUUUAUAAUGUACCGAAAGCAUAUGAAACAAGACUAGGAUAUUCUGAAUUUAACCAACUAAAACUGAUGUUUUCAACGGGACUUCACCAGAAACGUGAAAAUACCGGAUUCUACAUACUUCCGGCGGGACAUUACCUAGUACUUCCGGUGACAGGUAACCAGGAAAUGGAGGGGAAGUUCUUACUGAGGAUAUUUACUGAAGGUGAUUCAUCUGUCAGGGAGCUGGAUGAACAAGACAAAGUCAUCCCAUACCAGUAUGACCGAAAGCUGGACACGACCAGUUUAGACGCCUUCCGCCGGAAGUUUCUGUACGCCAUCAAUCAGGAUGACGAACUAGACGCCAAAGGCUUACAGAGUAUUUUGGAAUACAAACAAAGUGAGUUACGUAAUCUUUGGUGCUGCGGCAAUGGAAAUGAGGAUGGUUUCAAGUUUAAGCCAUUGUGUCUGUCGCUGGAUACGUGUAAAUCUGCUGUGGCCAUCACCGACCGGGAUUUAAAUGGACGUCUCAACUAUGAUGAGUUCAACCAACUCCUCCAUCUUCUCAUGCACUGGCAGGAAAUAUACCAAAAGAUUACCCAAGGUAACACCGAUAUGGAGACGUACUCCCUGAGGAAUGCACUAAAGAUGGCAGGUUUUACAGUCAGCAACAAAACUCUUGAAGCACUGGUCAUCAGGUUUGCAAACAAAGGGGUGAUAACUCUGGAGUCUUAUGUGAACGCCUUAGUCAAGUUGAGUGUAGCUCAUCAGCGCAGACAGAACCUGCCUAAAGAAACCUCACAGGACCAAAGUGGAUUCCUACAAGAGCUUCUACGAACAGCAAUAUAUUCAUAGGCAGUGGAUGUCCUGUCACUAUAGAGUGGUCUGUCUUCUCAAUACAUCCAACUUGAUAAAAGUUUGUUCAGUAACAAGACAGACGCGAUUUUAUUUCAUAUCUUGUAUUACGAGAUAGUUCAGUUAGAUUGACAAAGAUAGUCAACAUAACCUUGAUUAAUGAUCGUCUCCAGUUCGUUAAUUAGGGAAUUGGACCAGUUUAGUUGCUAAAUUGACGAGAUGUUUGAAACUUUCCCUGUGAUAGGCCCAAAGUUACACCUAGCUGGUGAGAUAUAGUAUUACUUUGUACGUAUGCCUCAUAAGAUAUUCCAGAUCAGUAUCUGAUGUGUCGAGAUCUCUUUGACUUGAGGAGUUAUCUAAAAUAUGCAUCGCUCUAUGAGGUAACUUUCUGGUCUGAAAUGAUACCAGUUCAGUGUCCCUAGCGAGAGCCUCGUCCAGUAUUAUGUCUAUCGAGAUCGUGUAGUUUAGAAUAUAGCCCACUGCUUUAACUAUCGAUAUGGACUGGUUUAUGAUGUCUUUGUAUGCUCUUUGUACAAGACAUUAACCCCGACAGGUCUGAAUGGCAAGUGACGGAUCUCUCGUUUACUGUUCAGCGAGUUUCCACCGGUUACUACAAGGAGAUCCUGGCUCAUAUUAACCCUGGCUAUUGACGCGGCGAUAAAUCCAACCAACAAACGUGUAUGGGUAAAGUCUAGUACAUAACCGUGUAAUCAAUACCCACAACCUUGAAUUUAAUUGAAUUCUAUUGAUAUCUGAAAAAACGUUAAGGAUAACAUUUUGGAAAAGAACGGAAAUAUUUCUCUGUCAGAUGUAGUGAUUGCCUAUAUACAUUACUUGGGACAAGGAAGUGGUCCUCAAUACUUAACAACGCACUUAAUGUAUCCCAUCUCGAUUCAAUCGCAUGUUUGUACCAUUUCUCAACGUACCCACUUGAUCCCUCCUCGUUUCAAUCGCUUAUUUGUACUGUUUUUCUUUCUGCUAGCGCAUAACUACAAAUUAAACCACCAAUCACUUGUUUGUACUAUUUUUAGGUACUAUUUUUCUUUCUGCUAGCACAUAACUACAAAUUAAAUCACCGAUCGCUUGUUUGUACUAUUUUUAGGUACUAUUUUUCUUUCUGCUAGCACAUAACUACAAACUAAACCACCAAUCACUUGUUUGUACUAUUUUUAGGUACUAUUUUUCUUUCUGCUAUCACAUAACUACAAAUUAAAUCACCAAUUGCUUGUUAACAUAAUGUUUUGUUAUCAUAGAUUAUAGGUACGUAAAGACAUACAAAUCAACAUCGAAUGUUCUUAAUCUUGACGUUGAAGCGAAAUGUAACUCUGUGUCUGCACACUAAUAAUUUCAUUACAUGCGUGACCAUACACGGUGGUUGAUGUGUAUCUUUUAAUAUAUGAUAACAGUGUAUAUUAUUAUGUGUCAGCUGUUCUCGGGGAAGGCAAUGUUACAGCGUGACAAGUAUGCAUUUCCCAUUUAGGUCAUGAAAGGAUGUGUCAUACUUAUAUUUCCUUUCUUUAACAUAUUGCACUGGAUAAUUGAUAAGAGCUUCUAAAAACAAACGCUAUCUAAAGAGAUCUUGCAACAACGUCCUCAUUUGGAGUUAUUUUAGUGGUGAUGUCUCGUAUCUUAUACAAGGAGAAAAUGCCUUUUAAUGGUUACGCGGCUCUUCCGAUUCUGUUUCGUCCUGUAGUGCAUAUAAAUCUGUAAAAGAUUACAUAUACAGGAAAGUAUAAACAUUCCAUCAAAAUUAAUUCACAUGGGUUUCCCAAAUCGAUAAUAUAUAAAACAUCGGAUAUAUAAUGUAUAUGUAUAAAUUUAUUUAUGCAAAAUAUGAUGAUACCCAAGUUGAGGUGUCCGUGGUAUUCUUAAUCAUCGAAAAAAAAAAUGUUUUGUAAAAGUGUAGAAAAAGUACAUAAUGAUGCAUAUGUAUACAGUAUUCAAUUAUCUUCUAAUUUAUAUAACAUAAAUCAUUAUUAUUAUUUUUUAUUUUCGAAGAGUUAAUUUGAUCGUUAUUUUCAAGGAAUGAAACGAAAGAAGCCAACCUGAAAACAAGACGAUUAAAAAGAAAGAUAAUCCAUUUUAAGACUUCCGCAAAAAACACGUCCUAUUUUAUCAAAUUUUAAUAAUUGAUAUACGAUUUGUAUAUAAAACACAUAACUCUAGACUUAUCUACUUAAAAUAAAUAACUUUUUAUCCAAUAAAUUCGUCAAUGUUAUAUUAUUGUGUAUACGACACUUAUGUAAU